UGUGUGACAGCCGGACUUGUGGGUUGCCAAUGUUGAUUUUUGUCUCUUUUUUUUUGCAGGUAUGAAUAGAGAGCUGCUGCGAGAGCCACCUUUGCCUGAGGGGAAUAGAGGGAGGAGCAAGAGAAGGAGGAGGAGGAAGUAAGAGAGAAAGAAAGGGAAGAAAAAAAAAAGGAAAAAGAGAAGAUUGUGUUUUUAAUUGACUGCCGCAGGAAAAGGGUGUCGUGGGCCGACCGCAUCAUGGCGCCGCCCCCGCUGAGGCAGUUCGCCUCCACCUCGGCCAUGUCUUCGCGUCACGUGACCGAGGACACGCCCCCUGACCUGCUCGAGGGCACCAUGGACCUCACCGUCAUCCUGCCCGCCGGCCACAGGGUCAACAUGUCCGUGCACAGGAGCACGCCCAUGAUGGACCUUCUGAUCCAGGUCACCACCGCCCACAAGGUCAACCCGGGCGGCCACAUCAUCCACGUCGUGUCAGACAACCGACUGAUCUCCUACAAGCCUUCCACGCCCAUCGGGACGCUCGACACCAACGUCAUCCACAUCGUGGCCAAGAACAAGGUCAAUGAGGAGGCGAAGAAGCGGCGCGCGCAUCUCGUCACUCAGGCGAUCGAGAAGAACAUCAGGCUGAAGCCUAAGGAAUACGUCUACAAGCAACAACUUGUGGUGAACCUCCCGAGGAAUCAGCUGGCGGUGUAUCGGGUGCCUCCCAAGACGCUCAUCUCGGACGUCCUCACGAUGGUGUGCAAGGAUCGCUGCCUUGACCUCGACAAUCACGAGAUUCGACAUCCAGUGAACGUGGACGAGAAGCUACGCGGCAGCUGCACCCUCGCCGACUACCAGCUGCAGGAGGUGUGUGUGGUGCCGCGGGACUUCCGUGCCCCGCCGCUCUCCGUCACCGACCUCAUCACCAUGGCGGCCAUCUCGCACCCGGAGGACAAGAAGAGACGCACGCUCCUCUCGCUCUUCUCGAGGAAAACCAAAUCCUCGACGGGUGACAGCAGCUUGUCGUCAGGCAGCGCGGGCGAGCGAAGCGUCAGCCCCGCCCGCUCUGACGAAUCGGCUGACGGGCGGCCGACCCCCCGCCCACUCUCCCCGGCCUCGUCCUCCGCCACCCUCACCUCCAGCCACCCGCCGCCCCUCUCCCGGCCCGCCUCCUCGCUCAACCUCGCCCGGGCCAGGAAGAGACAGGCUCCCGCGCCGCCGCCCGCAGCGCCUCCGCCCGCAGCCGCAGCGCCCGCGCACCACUCCAAUGGCAAGGCGGAGAGCGAGCGGCGGGAGGGCGGCGGAAGCAACUUGUCGCGGCGCAGUUCGGACUCGUCAGGAUACCAUGAGUCGGAGCACAGGUCGCCUCACACCAGCCCCGCCGGCUCGGAGAUCAGCAGCCUGGACACGAGCCGCGGGCCUGGCGCCGCCGCGACCAACCUCACGUCGGUGGUGUCAACGUCCAGCCUGUCCCUGGCCUCCUCCCGGAGCAAGAGGCGCGCCCCGCCGCCGCCGAAGCCCGCUCCCGCCAAGCACGACGACACGGCGCGCCCCUCGGCCAUCCCCGAGGAAGCGGAAACCCCUCAGCCGACAAAGGCUUCCGAGGAAGCCGCGAAACCUCGAGUGAACGGGGAAGCCGAGCCCGCCUCCCCCCCCUCCUCCUCCACCCCCCAGCCCCCGGAGGCGCACCCCUCCUCCCCCACCUCGUCCCACGUGAGCUCCGUCUCGUCCCUGAGUAGCGUAGAGCACCAGCGGGCGUCCAGCCCCCUCCUGCCUCCUCCGCCAGACGUAGAGUGCCCUCCUCCUCCUCCCCCUCCGGCCUCCGCCUCAGACUACACUAACUCUGGCGCCUCCUUCAUCGCCUCCCGUCCUCCUUCCUCCAAAGCCUCCGAUCUCGGAAUGUCACCUUCCCGUAGCCACUCCGCUUCCACCUCCUCUUCCUCCUCCUCCUCCUCUUCGUCCUCCUCUUCCAACACUCCUUCCCCCACCACCGCACGUGCUACUGUUGCUGCCAGAGUCAGCCCGGGAAUGCAGCACGAGGCAGCAUCAGCAGCAGCAGCAUCACCAGCAAGCCUGAGCAACGGCAGUGGAGCAAGUGGAGUCAUCUCUCCUGACAGGUUAGCGGCGCAGGAGGGCCGUCUUCAGCCCCGCCUCCAGGAUCCGCAGCGUCGCCUCUUCUCCUCCCCGCCGCCGCAUCCUGAAGACAAUCGCAAAAGGCGCGCCCCUGAAGACGCGGCCAGGACUGAAGACAGCCACCCUAGCAAGAGCGCCAAACAGCAAGGCCGCGACAUCUCUGACGUCAGUGCUGACAGUGCCAAACAGUACCCUGAGGAUGUUAUAAUGCCACUGAGCGCCAAUAUGGAGAAUGCAUCAAAUAUUCCUAUGUUUAGGAUUGUCACCAAGUCACAAACAACAGUACAACAAGAUGAUGAUGUAAAUAAAAAGUUCAUAGCCGAUGGAAAGACGCAGAAAAUUAAGGAAGACGACUGGCUUGGCUCGAAAGGAAAAGCAUCGUUGGCCGGGAAAGGCAACCCGCUAGCCCGAGGUGGCCGGCUUCAUAAACAACAGAAUGUGUUUCUCGAUGAAGACGACGAUGAUAUGGAUUUCAACGAAGAAAUGUUUGCGCCAAAACAUGCGUUAGGAAACUCCACCAACCAAAGUAUGGAGUGGAGAGAUCUUAGCGACCAGUCUUUUGGAGGCGCCCCCCCGCCAGCUUCCUCGACCCCAGUGGAUAAGUCGACUCCGGAGCCAGUCCCCAGAAAGAAGACCCCGCCCAUGCUGCAGAAGCCCAACCCGCCCAGCAAGCCAGAAUGGUUAGACACAGUCGCCUCCACAAGUAACCGGACGAUCGGUAGUGGUGGCAAUUCAUCCUUUGAAGGCGGCAUUACUGUGGAGAACGUCGAAACGCCACCCAUGCCUGCACCGAGAAAUAUAGUCUCUCGGAAAAAGAGAGCGCCGCCUCCUCCUCCUGCGUCCAAUGUGAAGGUGCCUGACAAUGCACAACAAGAUCAGGUGGUUCCUAGCGUGCCGAAACAGCAGGUGCUUAACCCCUCUUCAGAACUUUCUGUGAGACCAAAGUACAGUGAAAUCCCAACCAGUUCUCGGCCACAGCAUUCAGAAGCCGAAGACUUUGACAGAAUCAUGAACGAACCGCAGGACGAAGAAUUCAGGGUCCAUGUAUCGAGCCUUAAAGAGAUCGAGUCAGACCAGCUAUCUCUGCUAACAGAAGUAGAUGUUGAUUCCCCGUCGUACCAUCGAUCCCCUGCAUCUAGUGUCUCCUCAAGAGAGUCAGGAAUCCCAAAGAGAAGUUUUGAGAUGGAUAUACUAUUUCCUGAAAAUGAUGCAGAUAUGAAGUCCAUAAGUAGUUCAUCGAGCGCGUCGUUCCACAGCUCCUCCCCACCGCCCCCUUCUGUCGCACCCAGCGCCGCAAUCCCCUCCCAGACAUCGGCUAGUAGUUACCGUGCCGGAUACCUCGCUUUGCUAUCACAGCUCAAAAGCUGGGACAACACAGAGUCUCUUCAGACUGCUGGCUUAGACUCCUCUGACUCUCAUAGCAGCACCCCACGCGGGUCCCUCCAAGACACCCCCGCACGAGAGGGCUCGCCUCAGAGCCCCUCUGAGGACGCCUCUCAGUGGUCACCCUCCUCCCGUGGAGGGGCGCAUCGUGGGCCUUCUACACGACCUCGACUUGUCUCCAGCUCUUCUCUGUGCUCAGAUACAGAUCAUGAGGUACAGACUCGCACUGCCAGCUUCUCCUCAGAGACGAGUGAGGAUAAUGUUGUCAGCAGUAGAGUGGAGUCGACCUGCACCCCGAACGAAGAGUCUCUCGCGCCGAAAAGAGAGGAAAACAACCUCCAAGAUGUCGCCAAGAACCUCGUGAACGAAACAGCCCCACCCGACAAGGGAGAGAAGAGUUCGCCUACAGAGAGUAUUAAUCGCUGUAGUAGUAUUAGCAGCGCGGACGAAGAAAGCCAGGCGCACGUCGGCAAGCAAACCCCUGCUUCGGAAUCCGCGACUUUCGGGAGCCACCCAGCCCGAGGCGAACGAGGCGGGCGACGUCACCGAACCCGAAGACUUCACGACGAGAGACUCUGGCUCCUCACAGUCCGAACGGGACUCUGAUGGAGACAGUCGGGGAGAUCACACGCAAGAGCUCAUCAGAGAAACGCCGCAAAAUGGCAUCACAGAAGAAAAAACAAGAGAGGAAGUGAAGAUGGAGAUGCCCGAGCAAACCGUAAAUAUCCCAAAGGAAACCAAGCAUAUCCCCAA